CCUCAGCGGGCAGGGCCGGCCGGUGGCCGCCGCCUCCCUCCCGCCCCCUCAGCCCCCAGCCCCGGCGGCCAUAAGAGGCGGCGGCGGCGGGGCCGGGCCGGCAGCGGCGGGGCGGCCGCCAUGAAGUCGCCUCAGGCGCAGCGCCCGGCGAGCCACGGCUCCGGCCGUCGCCCCGCGGAGCUGCCGGAGGAGGAGGAGGGCGACUUGGCGGAGGCGCUGGGCGAGUUCGAGGCGGUGCUGGAGGAUUUCGCCUGCCCCGCCGGCCGGCGCCGCUUCCAUUACGGCGAGCACCUGGAGCGCAUGAAGCGGCGGAGCAGCGCCAGCACCAGCGACCUCAGCGACUCGGAGAGUGCAGACUCGCUCUACAGGAACAGUCUUAGCCUCAGCGAUGAAAAGCUUAACUCUCCAACUGCGUCUACUCCAAGUUUACCAUCUCCAUCAGUAACUCCAUGUAAAGCAAAGCUUGGAGACACAAAGGAACUGGAAGAAUUCAUUGCUGAUCUUGACAGGACACUAGCAAGUAUGUGAGAUGAAUCUCUGGCAUUGUUUGCCUAUGAAUGUCAUCUGAAGGAUAAGUGACAUCAGUCGCUGAAAACUGCUGCCCUCAUCUGAUAAAUUUGUUACCCAAGAUACUCAUCGUCUGAACAUAACCUUUGUAAACUCGUACAAGUAUUUAACUGGCAAACAUCAGUGUUGUCACUUUGCAGCAGGUGGAAACGUGUAACUUAAGUGUUACAGCUAUAUUUUGCUUUAAAAUAUAGCUUAAAUUUUAAUUUAAAGUUGCUUUUAUGAAAAUAUAUUUGUAAUUUUAUAUAGUUGAGAACUUUUAAUGCUUUUUUUUUCCAUUUAUAAUAUAUUUUUGUAUACAAAUAAACCCUAAACUGGAAUCCAGAUGUCUGAAACUUUCCUGUGAACUAUGAAAUGAACAAAAAUUAAGCUCUUACUGAAAACAAAAUCAAGCUUUAAAAUAUCUGAGGCUGUAUUUCUUGUUAGGUGAAAUGUAUUUAAGUGGUCUUCAUAUGGGACUUCAUGUUGUUCUCUUCAAAUUGAUUAAGAGUAUUUUGUACUAUGUAAAAUUAACUCAGUCUGGAAAAUAAAAUCAGUCAACCUUUUAUAUUAAGGCAAA